AUGCGUCAGUCAAGCCUGCCCACGCCGUUUCUUCCAUCGCUGCUGCUGCUGCUAUUGGCGGCGGCGAUGUGUUGCGCCGGUGGGUGCCUCGCCGCUGCGCCGGGCUCUGCGUUCGAGGAAAUUGUGCGGAGGAGCGGCGGGCCGUCGGAGACUGCGGUGGUGCGUGAGGUGCCGCGCAGGGGGCAGGGCGCGAUGCAGACGUACACCGUCGCCACAAAAGAGGACAACAGUGACUGGAAGCCCAUCCGCAUCAAAGUGUUCACGGAGGAUCUGAAGAAUGUUAUUCCGGGGAGUGGGAGGUACUGCGAAAAGCGGGGGGAUCGGUGCCCAGACUACUUGGGGCAUAAUAGAACUUGCGUAACUGAACACAUACUGUCGGAAGAAAAGAAGAAAUUGUACGAGAAGACGAUUAUUCCCGAGGCCGUCAAGCUGCACGCGGAGCGACUCCUUGUCAAGCCGAUGGCUGAGGGAGUAGUUAUGGGAGAAGGUCCCGGAGGACUAUGCGAGUACUUUACAAUUCCAGCUGAGCACAAGACUAAUGGUGUGCGUGAUGCCGACAUGGUCAUCUACGCAGCUGCCGGGCCAUUCAGCGACGAUAUUCCGGCAUGGGCGGCCACAUGUCUCAGGUCGAGUGACUCUCGUCCUUCUGUUGGCGCCAUGAACUUCAAUCCGAAGUACAUGACCGACAUGGCAUGGAGCGUCCGCGUCGCUGCACACGAAAUGGCGCAUGCUCUUGGGUUCAACAAAGAGAGUAUGGAGUCUAAGAGCAUAACGUCAGAGCAGGAUGAGCGUGGAAUGCGGCGUAAGAUGGUGACGGGGGAUAAUGUUAAAGCGAGGGCAAUAGCGCACUUCAACUGCAGCUCUCUGAAGGGCAUGGAGCUGGAUAAUGACGAUGUUGAGGGGCAAUAUAAGGUGUUUCGCUGGACGAAGCGCAGUGCCCGUGACGAACUGAUGGCCCCCACAGUCGGCGCCGGCUACUACACGGCACUGACGCUGGCGGUGUUUGCCGACCUGGGCUACUACAGCGUGAACUGGAGCAUGGCGGAGCCGAUGGCGUGGGGCAGCAACAGUGGCUGCGACUUUCUGAUGAAGAAGUGCAAGGACACACACGACCUCGCCAAAAGGUAUCCUCACAUGUUCUGCAACAGCACCGACAAGACGACGCUUCGCUGCUCCUCGGACCGCCGUCACGUCGGGACGUGCACCGCAGAGAUCCUUGAUUUUAUGUGGAUUCAGCUUGGGAAUGACAAGUGCCCUGUUGUUUCGACGCACUUUGAGGACCUCUUUACAACGAGAAAGGACAACCGGUGCACGGACGCAAGUGUGAGAAAUCUCCCUGGAUCGCUGACUGGCAGUGGCUCGUGGUGCCUGGACGCGGAAACACUGCAGGUGAAGAAUGGCGGCGGCAGCGGUGAGAACAAAAUCGAGGGCGUGUGCGCAGAGGUGAAGUGUGAGGGCGGCGCAGUGAAGGUGAAGCACCUCGGCGCCAAUACGUUUGUGCCGUGUCCCGAGGGAAGUGCAAUUGAGGUUGUGCCAAACGGUCAUCUGCAGGGCGGGAAGCUCAAGUGCCCGAAGUACACCGAAGUGUGCACCAUCGCCGCCAACGGCAGCAGCCUCGUCAUUCCGAGCGUUUUGAAGGAUGCGGAAGGGAAGGGCCGUAAGGAUGAAAAAGAUCGAAGGGAGGCGGGGGGUGGGCCCAACACCGUGACAGCUGCUGCUCCAAAAGGAAGCGGCUCGGACACGGCGGGAUCUACUGCGACUCGCAAAACUUCUGCGCCCAAUUCGACGCUGACGGGAUUGGACAACAGCAGCAGCGUCCAAAAGAAACUGGAGGUGGCGCGACAAGUCGGAAGCGACGUCAGUGCGUGCGGCUGCUUUGGCUAUUGGCUUCAGUGGCUUUGUGCUUCUGGCGGUGACCAUCGCCGCAGUGGUGAUACCGCCUGCUUGGGCCGCAGCGGCAGCGGUCGGGCGCAAACAAAGUGCGGAGGGGGAAUGAUAUACAACUGCGCUCCCAAAGGGGCUCCGCACUCAGGCCGCAAUAAAGAGAGUAGUAAUAAUAGUAUACACACUCUCUGCACUACCCCUCUUUGCCUUUUGAAAUACGGAAAAUAA